AUGCAACUUGAAGAGAUUGGUAAAAAAUUUUCUAUUAGCCAAAGUAUUAUGAAAAUGGCUAAAAAAUUACAACAAAACGAACAAGUAACAUUUUUUAUUGAAAAUGAAUUACUCUAUGGCUCUUUGUUAUUAGAUCAUUCUUCUGUCCUUAUCAUUUCCUUCUCUAAACAGAAAGAGAAUAUGUUCAGGGUUGUAACUGAAACACCUUUUCAGAAACAUCCUUUACUUUCAAAUGAUGGAUAUAUUAAACCAGGAAAAUUAUGGAAGUUCACUGACCUUUGUACUUCAGUUAUUGAUUUUAAAAAUGUAUUUUCUCACAUUCCUUUGAAUUAUAAUGAGCUGAAACAACAGAUUGAAUCCCUUCAAGACAAAUUUCUAGCUCAACAAAUUUCAGAAUCUCAACUCAAACGAGAAGUUUCUAAGAUUGAAAGUCAAUGCGAAUAUUUACAUAAUGACACUUAUCAAAGACUUGACUCCCUGAAAAAAGAAAGAACAGAAAAACAAAUAACAAUGGUUACAAAUGUAAUAAACAAAUUAAUUAUAGAAGGUAAAAUGACAGAAGAAGAAAAAACAAUCUUCCUUGGAAUAUUAAAAAGUAAAUGA